UUAAGGGCCCUUGCUCCUGAGGCUGCAGUCACAAGCUCACACAAAGCCGUGGGGUCCAACGGUCCUUCUGCCUUUUCCAGGGGCUCCUGACAAAAGUGGAUGUCAUGCCCAGGUGCGUAACCUUCUAACAUGGAAGACGGAGGUCAGAAAGAAGUAAUCGACUUGAAUAGUUUCCGGAGCCAUCGAGGGAAAGAUAGGGUUAACCACCGAGACGAGGGACUCAUCACGAUAUCGGACUCCUCGGACGAAGACUUGCCUGUGAUGUUGGACACACCUGUUAACCUGCAGUGGGAAGACGAGGAUGAUGAAGACGUGGUCAUCUUGAUGGAGGUAAGUCCUCCCUUUUCCGUGUUCCAGUUACGGGACGAUCAGCCUUUAAUAGCCAAUAAACACGGCCUCAAAGAUGUGAUUUUUGCCUGCAAGUCUGGGGAUCCCAAG